AUGAGCUUUGGGUUUGGUAUCGGGGAUUUCCUCGCAGUUAUCGAGCUUGCCAAGGAGAUUCGAAAGGGUUUUGUAGAAGCACCUGUUCAAUUUAAGAAUAUUUCCGAUGAAAGCCUUUCGCUAGUGCUGCAAGAUGUGGAGAUCGACAUAUCCGCGAAGGAGCUUAGCAGCCAGCAACAGGCUGACCUACGCAAAUUAUCGACGAGUUGCCACGAGGUUCUCGUAGACAUCUCAAAGACAAUCGAGGACUACACAGAACUAUCGAGUACUAAAGACGGAAAAAGAAACAUGGCGAAGCGGGCGUGGAAACGCCUGAAAUGGGAACCAAACGACAUUCAAGAACUUCGCCUUCGAAUUGGCACCAAUAUCGCACUACUGACUGCAUUCAAUGGCCAAAUUAUAAAACGCGGUGUGGAAAAACUGGUACAGCAUCAAGAGGAGGAAGCGCGCCAGGAAGUGCUUGAUUGGCUCUCACCGUCAAAUUAUGCCACCCAGCAAAGCGAUUACAUUGCUCGACGUGAAGAAGGUACUGGACAGUGGUUCCUGGACUCGCCCGAGUUUAAAAAUUGGAUUUCUGGCUCAAAGCAAAUGCUCUUCUGUCCUGGCAUUCCAGGUGGUGGGAAAACAAUUCUAGCGUCCGUUGUGAUUGAUGAGCUCUACGAUCGAUUUCGCAGUGGAGGCGAGGCUGCUAUCGCGUAUCUCUACUGCAAUUACAACAGACAUGAUGACGAAAGCGCUAUUGCGUUGUUAUCGAACCUUUUGAAACAAUUGGCCCAGUCGCAGCCAUCGUUGCCGAGUAGCGUCCAAGAGAUGUAUGAUGAACAUAUGGCCAAAAGAACCAGACCUUCAAUGGGCGAAUUAUCGAAGACCAUUAUCCAAAUGCUAUCAAAGACGAGCGAGUUUCCAAAGGUUUAUAUUGUGAUUGACUCUUUGGAUGAAUGUCGGAUGUAUGAUGGAUCGCGAACAAAACUCUUGGAUGCCAUGUUUGAACUUCAAGAUGCUUGCAACAUAAACAUUCUGGCUACUUCCCGGUUUAUUCCUGGAAUAACUGAAAGGUUUGAAAAACGACCAACGCUUGAGAUCCGUGCUAGCACGGGAGAUGUCAAGCGAUAUCUUCGGGGAAAUCUGGCAAUGCUCCCAGCAUUUGUUUUACGCAAUCCAGAAUUGCAAACAGAGAUUUCGACAGAGAUAGCGAUGGCUGUGGAUGGAAUGUUUCUGCUUGCCCAGCUUUAUCUCAACUCUUUGGUCGGCAAAAAAUCCCCCAAAGCAAUCAGAUUGGCAUUGAAAGGCAUGUCAUCGAGCACAAAGCAAUACGAUUCAGCCUAUAACGAUGCAAUGAGACGCAUUCAAGGGCAGAUAUCUGACCAAACAGAAAUGGCCAUGCAAGUCCUGGCAUGGAUUACUUGCGCCAAGAGACCGCUCACUACGGUGGAGCUGCAAACUGCACUAGCGGUCGAGAUAGACGAGUCAGAUUUUGACGAGGAUAAUCUCCCCGAUCUAAUUGACAUGGUCUCAGUGUGUGCCGGCUUAGUGACAAUUGACGAACAAAGCAAUGUCAUUCGACUUGUCCACUAUACGACCCAGGAAUUCUUUCAGCGCAAUCAAUCAACUUGGUUCCCAAAGGCAAACUAUGAUAUCGGCAGCAUCUGUGUGGCAUAUCUGUCAUUCGAUACUUUCAAAACAGGAAGUUGCCAAACAGAGGAAGAUUUCGUAUCGCGCCUAGCUGACUAUCCUUUUGGAAAUUAUGCAGCUACUUUCUGGGGUAAUCAUAUCCUAGAGAGCGUAGAGAGCGAAGCCGGCGUGGAAAAAGCUAUGAGCGAGGAUGCCAUUAUUGCGCUACUGCUAGACACACCGAAAGUCAACUCAUGCAUGCAGUUCAUGUCUUCGUACGAGAAUUCCCUUUACGACGCCCCCGUUAUCGAAUUUGGGGACAGUCUCUAUCCGGGAAACACCUCGCUGCUUACUACAGGCCUGCAUCUUGCGGCUUACUUUGAAUUGCGUGAUGUGGCCCAAAAGUUGAUUUCACUUGGCAGUUCAGUGAACUGCAUAGAUGCUGUUGGAAAGACCCCCUUGUCAUGGGCAGCAGAACAUAACCGCCUAGAGGCUAUAAAAUUCCUUCUGGCAAAUGGCGCAGAUCCAAAUAUCAAAGACAGGAGGGGCAAUAUGCCCAUAUUUCUGGCAACUAAGGAAUCCCACGAACAAGCAGUGGAGUUACUGCUUGAAGCAAAUAGUGACUUACUGUCUAGUAACAACAAUGGAUUGUUCCCACUUCAUGCCGCAGCCAAGCGUGGAUCAGAGAAGGUUUCUCGUGUUCUUUUGAAACAAGGGCUUAAUGCACACGCAAAAGAUGAAAGCGGUCACACUCCGUUAUUUAAGGCCGCUCAAAGUGAUCAUUUAAAUUUGGUGCAGCUCUUUCUUGAUUGGGACCUGGAGGUCAAUCCCCAAGAUAUCGAACUGAAUGCCUCUCUCUCAGUCGCAGCAAUGUAUGGGAAUAAGGAAAUAGUUCAGUUUCUCCUAGAGAAAGGUGCUGACGCCAACAACAUCGAAUACUCUGGUAUGACACCACUCAUGCACGCAAUUUUACGCAAAACGUCAGCAAUACAAGUAUUGCUGAGCUGGGGUGUUGAAUUGGAACUCAAAGGCGAGCAGGGUCCGACCGCACUACAUUGCGCAGCAACCUCUGGGGAGGCAGAAGUGAUUCAGCUCCUCGUAGAGGCUGGAGCUGAUAUUAACACUAAGGAUAAUGAUGGCCAAACUCCUCUAUAUGCUGCUAUAGACUGCAAUUAUCCAAAGUCAGUCCUUGCCCUGCUAAAGAGCGGCGGUGUUAAGUUGGAAAACAAAGACGACCAGGGUCGGACCGCACUUAGUUACGCAGUAACCUGUGCGAAUCCAGAAGUGGCUCAACUUCUUCUGGACAAUGGAGCUGAUAUUAGCACUCAGGAUGAUGAUGGCCAGACACCUCUACACACUGCUGCAAGAUACGGUUAUUUAGAAUUAGUUCUUACCCUACUGAAGUGUGAUGGUGUUCAAUUGGAAACCAAAGACCGCUGGGGUUUGACCGCACUAAGCUACGCAGCAGCCUAUGGGAGUCCAGAAGUGAUUCAGCUCCUUCUAGAGACUGGAGCCGAUAUUGAUACUGAGGAUAAUGAUGGUCGAAGUGUAUUUUCUCAUGCAGCAUCGGAGAACAAAUUCGCCAAUCUCACCGUUCUUUUUACUUCGACCAGUAUUAAUAAUAUCCACCGACCAGACAAAUCUGGCCUCACACCUCUGAUUUACGCAGCAGUCCAUGGAGACACAGAAGUGAUUCAACUCCUCCUAGAAAAUGGAGCUGAUAUUAAUACCAUGGACAACAAUGGUCGAAGUGUGUUCUUCCAUGCAGCAUUGCAGAACAAAUUCACCAAUCUGACUGCUCUCUUCACUUCCGUCAAUAUAAAGAACAUUCAUCAGCCCGAUCGAUAUGGCCGGACACCUCUACAUGUUGCUACAUCCAGUGGGCAUUUACAAUCAGUCCUCACGCUACUGAAAAGCGAUGGUGUUGAUUGUGAGGCUCAAGAUGAGUUUGGUCGCACAGCACUGUCCGACGCCACACUGCGAAAGAGAGUUGACUUGACUUUGGAGUUGAAGGCACCUUUCAAGAAAGUCAGGAUGGAUGGUGUGAUAUUUGCCUAA